UCAGCCGCCGUACGACGGUGCUUUUUUUUUCUUAAAGGAGAAGCGACAAUGUUUUUUUUUUUUAAAUCCCCUGCAAGUAUGAAACACCGAAAACUGCGGUCGAUGUGAAACUGAGGAAACAAGUUUCUGGAAGGUACCUCCUCUCUAUCCGCUUCACUCUUGAAAAUAGAAGCUCGGGGAUAGACUGACCCAGACCGCGGGGCGUGUUGUGAGGAGGAGGAGGAAGAGGAGGGGGGAGUGCGACAGCAAUAGGAUGAGCGAUACUUCUAGUUUUAUUGAGGCCACUUUAGAGCAAUAAAUGUUCUGGAGUUGGAGAUAAAGCGCGUGGGACAUUUACAAACGCCUUUUCGGCAGGGCAACGGAGGGCAUUUAAUUUGGCGCGCGGGAGCUAACUGUUAAAACGGCUCAGUUAUGCGAAGCGCGCGCCACGGCCAGAAUUCCGACAGCGCCCCCGCGCGCGCGCGUCCCCGGUGAACCUCGCCCGCUGAUUGGCCUGGAACGAACCAGCCCGGCUUGCUGCUGUUAUUGGCUCGUUUUGGGAGAGAGGUGGGUGAGGUGUGUGUCUUUGCAUUUCUCUCCCGAUUGGAUGACACGGAGAGGUCUUGCAUCCUGCUUGAACUCCGAACUUGCUCUUGAUUGGCCAAAGUCACGCGAGGGGCGGGAGUCCCGUUAUAGAGGCGGAGUGAACGGCGGGUGCUGCUGUCAGAACCGGGGGGUUAGCCGCUGUUGGGGCCUCCUCCGCUAGCUGCUCUAAUGCCGGGGGCGCCCGAGCAGGCGGAGACCCAGGAAGAAGAACCACAGCAGCAAGAGAGAGAAGAGGAACGGAGUCCGCCUCCUAGCGGCCGCCGGCGUCCCCUUCCCCCUCCCACAGUCGCCGCCGAGCAGGGGGCGGAGUCUAGCGGCAGUCGGGUGCUCCGUGGAGGUCGGGAGCGCGGACGAGCUGCAGCCGCGGCAGCGGCCGCCUCCCGCCGAAGGAAAGCCGAAUAUCCGCGUCGGCGCCGAAGCAGUCUCGGCGCUCGGCAGAACCAAGAGCCGGAGGAGUUGCCGCCUGAAACUGGAGCGCCGCUCUCGGCCACUGCACCUUCUGGGGCGACCGGUCGAAAGGGAACGGCACGCAGCUCGUGCUUGGAUAAAGCAACAGUGAAAGAUCCCAAAGAAGAGACAGAAGAGAAGGAAGUUUCCACUACUGUGGCAGCUGGUGCCUCAGUCACUACAAUUAAACCCAGCCGGGGUUGGCGUAGCAACAGGGCAACUACGACUGUUCAGCAAUAUGAUGCAGAGAAUUCCCGAAGUUCCAGAUCAAAGACAGGGUCCCUGCAACUCAUUUGCAAAUCAGAACCAAAUUCAGACCAGCUAGAAUUUGAAGUUACUGAAGAGCAUUCAUCUCCAACUAGAAUCAGUGAUGAAGAAGAAAUGCUCAUCAGUGAAGAAGAGGUUCCCUUCAAAGAUGAUCCCAGAGAUGAAACUUACAAACCCCAUUUAGACAGAGAUGCUCCAAAGCAAAGAAAACAAACUGGGAAAGGAAAAGAAGAAAAAGAGAAACAGAAGGAGAUUAAAGUGGAAGUGGAAGUUAAAGAAGAAAGUGAGUUUCGAGAAGAUGAGGAUCCGCCUAGGAAGAGAGGAAGGCGGAGAAAAGAUGACAAAAGCCCUCGACUUCCUAAAAGAAGGAAGAAGCCUCCAAUACAAUAUGUACGUUGUGAAAUGGAAGGAUGUGGCACAGUUCUUGCACACCCUCGCUACCUACAGCAUCAUAUCAAAUAUCAACAUAUGCUAAAAAAGAAAUAUGUAUGUCCUCAUCCCUCUUGCGGAAGACUUUUCCGGCUCCAGAAACAAUUGUUGCGGCAUGCCAAACAUCACACAGAUCAAAGGGAUUACAUUUGUGAAUACUGUGCCCGUGCUUUCAAAAGUUCCCACAAUCUGGCAGUUCACCGAAUGAUCCACACAGGCGAGAAGCCAUUACAAUGUGAGAUCUGCGGAUUCACCUGCCGGCAGAAGGCCUCAUUAAACUGGCACAUGAAAAAACAUGAUGCAGAUACCUUUUACCAGUUUUCAUGCAAUAUAUGUGGAAAGAAGUUUGAGAAAAAAGACAGCGUUGUAGCACAUAAAGCCAAGAGUCACCCAGAAGUGCUCAUUGCUGAAGCACUGGCUGCCAACGCAGGGGCUCUCAUUACCAGCACUGACAUCUUGGGUUCUGAUCCAGAGUCUAUUGUCCAACCUACGGAUGGCCAGGGCCUUCCCCUUCUUCCAGAUCCCAUUGGAAACACCACUCCUGGAGAGUGCCUAUUGCUGGACUCUGAUGGGAUGCCUAAGGCCUACUGCAGUGGGGGUGACCGGGUCAACCUGAUGGCCGAUGGAAAAAUAUUCGUUGGCACCACUAGUAGUGAGAAUACAGAAGGGCUUGUUAUCAGUACAGAGAUUCUUGGAGCUACCACUGAAGUUCUAAUUGAGGAUUCUGAUUCUGGAGGACCGUAGUGGGAGAGGAGCACAUGUGUAUUGGGACAACUUGAACUUGUAUUUAAAAGAAUAAAUCCGGAGAAGCAACUUAUUCAACAUAGAGAAACUAAACAUAAAAUAAAUUACUAGUCAGAUAACUAAAGGACCUGUCAUCCCGUUCCCCCACCCCCCAGCUCACCCUUUUCUUGCAGAGUGGAUCACUACACUACAUUUUUUUCACUGUUUCCUUCUUGGAGAGGAAUGUUGCCUUUACACAGAGAUUGACAAAGCAAAAGAAUUCUUGCAAUGCUGGGAAGAGAAGUAGCUAAGCCUAUCCCUCUCCCAGCCCUCCUAAAGUAAGCAAACUUCCAACUUCUUGACCAUAUUGCAAGAUUGAAAAUGCUUGUACUCUGGACCAAUAUUUCAUUCUUGAAACUGUAUUCUUUUCCUCCAGUUGUAUCAACCUGUUCUAUGCAUUACUAAAUUCUGACCCUUGCAAGCUCUUCUUUUUCAUUUUAGGGCUUGGGGAUAUAGCUUGGCACUUUAGAACCCCUCCUUAGGAUGAGCUGUAAAACAGCAUAUUUUCCCCAUAUUUUGUAUCUUCCCAUCCAUAAGAAAAGAGAAGGGAUCUUGAAAUGUUGGUGCUUGCUUUCUGAAAGAGGAGUGCCAUCUUUCCAUAUAAAUUGCUCUGUGGGAGAAUCAGCUUAUAAAUAGGCUUAUAAAAGAAAACUUGCACUUUGUACAUGUCUUUUUUUUAAAAAAGUUGUGAUGAAUUCCUUAUUUAUUUGCCUUCUUAAAGGGGUCUAUUUUAGUUGCUGUCUAGAGAAUGUUUUUGUUUCAAAACUGAACAUCCUGUGUAAGGGAUAUAAAACAACAGGCUUCUUCAGCAAUCCAUGUUUAGGAAUUCUUAUUAAAUCUGAGUGAAGGAAAUACUUCGGGAGCAGGAUAGGUCUUUAGCACCCUCUCUAGUGAACUGCUGUGAGCUCCUGUUUGCUUCAGCAUUUGUUGUUUAAGGAUGUAAUGGCUAUUCAAAAAAGUCGUGUCAUGCAUUCCCUCACUAACCACCCUACUAUUUGCUUACUUACACUGUGGUGCUUUUCUCUCUUGAUGUGGAUGGGCUAAUGCCAUUAACAGGAAGCUAUGUCUUGAAGAAGUUAUAUUAACUGCUUUAAAAAGCCUUGACUGCUAACAUGCUCUGCCUCGUGAGACUUUGAUAUAACUUCAAACGUCAUUUAGGGACAUUAUUUGAUUUAGAGUGGUAGCAGCAUCCGCUUUAUUCAGCUUAAAAUCCACUAUUCUCAAAUAUAUGCAAUUGUUUCUGUAGAAUUCGACUAUCACCAGACAGGUCUAGAUUUGGAGAGAGAUAGGGUUUUAAAAACAUGGAAAUACCUUAAAAGAUAUAUCACAUGAUUUAUAUAAACUCUUCACUGUUACCUGAGAAGUUAUGAUGGUACAAUAUCCUGGUAGUACUUUUCUGUUAAUGACCUAACAUGUGAUCAAGAAGUAAAAUGAAUUUGCAAUUUAGACUUUAUUUUGGAGCUGUAUCCUGUAUAAUUCUAAUCCCUUCUGUAUAGUGCUGGCUGGCAUCAACUGCGAUUAUUCCCAGCAGAUCUUUUUACAAUGCUAAUUAUCUGAAAGGAAGACUUGUUUGUUUGUUACGUUGAAGCCAAGAAUCAACAGGGUCUAAACUGAAGCAGUUACUGCAGUUCAUUACAUAUUUUCUGUGAUUCCUGCCUGGCUAGAUGUUUGGCAGCCAUUCAGAUAUAUAAUGUGUAGGUGGCAUUGCAUGCAGCUCAGGACUGCAUGUUCCACAAGACUGUUACUGCUACAAAUUGUGUGAUUAGCAUUGGUGCGAGAAAAGUAUUUGGAGCUGAAACCAUGUGCAUACUACUGAGGAAACUGACUUCUGUCUUGCUUACAGUAUGCAGUAUUUUGCUAGGGUAAUGAACAAAUUACAAUAUGAGCCCUGUUUGGCAAAUUACUUGAAGUAUUUAUUCUGUUUGGCUAUCGAUCUCUUGUCUGUUUCUAGCCUGUUUCAUGGGGUGCAAGUGUGGUUUUAUUAAAAUAACAAUCUUAUAUUUAGCCAGGAUAACCAUCUGCACUCUAGAUGAAAACUUCUGAUUUAGAUUUGUGGUGACUGUUUAUCAACCAAUAAUAAUUCCUUUAAUUUUGUUCCCAUCACAAGCAUGUGGUUUUGAUUCAAUCAAUUACAGCUGCAGCAAAUUAUUUCUAUUUUCUUCUAAUAACACCCCCCCCCUUCUUUUCCUUCACUGGAAGAAGCAUGGUGCUGGGAAUUGAACUUGUUUAAUUUUCCCUCUACCAGAUGGAUAGUUUACAGUAACUAGUUUAACAUUGUUCCACUCCAUAUACAGUUGCAUAGCUCACUCUGGUUCUCUAAGAGUUGGACCCCCUUCCUGUUAAUAUUAAAGGAUAGUGCAUAUCACUUUUUGUCAGAAGUUGACAAAAGAGCUUUUUUUUUUUUUUGGUCACAUGAAUAAUAAUACUCUUUUUAGGCCUUUAUUUUACUACAAUAUAACUGGUGAGAACACGAGUGUUAGGUGUUCUUCAAGGACUAGUCUUCUAUUGUGUGAAAAGUACUCCAUCUACUUCAAAUAGUUUCUGAAAAAUGGCACAAUGCUGAAGUCUUUGCAGCUUGAGAUAAUUGUCAGAUCUCUGGUAAUAUGGUAGCGAAGACCAGGGAGAACUGCACUAGCAUUGUGAAUCCUACCAGAGAGAGGACAGGAUUUGCAAUUUUUAGCAGAACUACCUGAAGUAGUAGCCACUGAGUGGCAACAGACCUGUGUUGCAUUGUGGCACACCCCUAUUUUUUAGUGUUAAAUAACAGACGGUUGAGUUAACAAGUCUUUGAUUCCUUAAAAGCCUUGUUGCGUACAAAAUUUCCAGAAAGUGAUAGUGGAGCUUUAGAUGAGGUGCCAGGAUGGAGGGGUGGUGAUCCAUGUUCAUAGACAUUUGUGUAUACAGAAGUAAAUAAAACAAUUAAAA